GGCUUGAGCCUUGAUUGGCUGGAAUGGAUUCACCCGCUUUGACAGGCGCUAGGGACUAAUAGGUACCCGAUAUCUCCUGUCAGAGUGGCCCUGGCUUACUACGUAGCAAUCCAUUCCUGAAUAAUCCCUACGUUUGGACCACUCUCUAUAGCGUAAUCUCGAGCUUUCAAUGGCCUCAGUUUUCACGUUUCCUCAUGAGCCGCCGCGGGUCAGCUCCCCUUGGAGGUCGGGUCAGGAUCCUGGGAAGCGAUUCCGAUGUGCGUCGACCAGUGCCAUCGCUGACCUAGAGCAAACAUCUGACUCUGAUGUGGAAAGACUCGAGGCAGAGCCCCAGGAUGGGCCGAUCGAGUACAAACUUCAUCUUCUACUGCGCCCACGAAGAAUUUAUAAGUCAAUGAGCACUACUCCCAAACUGACUGGACCUCGGACAAAAAGGAAGCUGAAAGAAGCCCGGCCAUCAAACCAGUCGUUACCACUUGCAUCUUCCAGCCAGGGCAGGCAGAAUCGGCUGCAUCAUCUGACUACACAGUUACUUUGGAGAUUACAGCAAUCGUCCCCAGAACAUGCAACGUCGAAGGGGGAUCUCGUGGUACCUGUGCUACCUGAAGACAAAGAUGAACUCGCUAUCUUGCAAGAGCCCGGGCAGCUACUGCCGGGACUAGAGGAAUCAAAUGGGGCUCUAUACGAAAUAGGAGUUGCUGAUGAUGGCACAUUCGUUGGUUUGACGAAAGGAGAAAUGGACGAAAGUAUGACAACCCUUAAAGUGAUGGCUGCUAGUUUAGGCUGCAGGGUGGAAGUUCAGCGAAUGAAGGCUGUUGGCACGUGUGACUGGCUAGAAAAUUAUGAGCAGCUGGAUUCUCGACUUCACCAUGAGGAUCUUUGGGUUGCAGAGGCCUUUAUCGUUCCAAUUCUAGACGGGCAGGGCAGGAACACGCCAGAUGAUGAAAAUUUUGCGGCUAACGGCGCUCUUCGAAGAGGCGCUUCGACUACCGAGCAACUCCGCGUCUCAUUAACAGGACCAACUAAUUCGGGGAAAACAACCAUCUUAGGUACACUCGCGAACGGUACUUUGGAUGAUGGCCGAGGUCGGAGCAGGAGCUACUUGUUGAAGCAUCGCCAUGAAGUCGCUUCUGGACGAACCAGUUCUGUUGCCCAAGAGCUCAUCGGCUAUGAAGGCCAGACCAUCUUCAACUAUACGUGCAUGGACAUCAAAGCUUGGCCUGAUAUUCAUGAUCGCGCCCAGGACGGCCGACUCGUUUUCAUGCUAGACUCGGCUGGGCACCCUCGGUAUCAACGGACCACUCUUCGAGCUCUGGUCGGAUGGGCACCGCACUGGACUCUCUUAUGUAUUGCAGCAAGUGAAGAGACCACAAUUUCCACUGGGACACAUUCUUUAACCGGUGCAGAUGGCGCUCUGGAUAUUGGCAUUGCGGAAAUGGAUCUUGCCAUGGCACAUCUUGAGUUGUGUCUAAAACUCGAGAUCCCCCUGGCGAUCAUAUUAACUAAGAUGGAAAAAGCACAACGUAACUUACUAAAAGAUAAGCUUAACAAUAUCCUUACGAAAGUAAAAGCUACAGGCCGGACACCUAAAUUGCUGACAAGCUCCGGACCCCUGGCCGCAGAUCUAUCGGAAGUGCCGGACCAAGACAAAAGAAAGGUUCAAGCUGAUAUCAUCGACGUUAUCGCUCGGACGGGCGAUUCGCUUGCGGUAGUCCCAAUUGUUCUCACGAGCGCCGUUACGGGGGCCGGCAUAGGAAUGACACAUGCGCUACUAGCAAGCUUACCAUCACCACCUCCACCAACUGCCCAGGAUUUUACCGGUCUAGUACUUAACCCCGAGCAGCCCGUGGCUUUGUUUCAUAUUGAUGAGGUAUUCGAGCUGUCUCGCAGUCGCGCGCAAAGCACGCUUGACCAGACAACUAACGAGAGCGCCCCUGUUGUAACCGGGUAUCUACGUUUCGGGAGACUGUCAAUUGGAGACAAGAUAGUGAUAGGUCCUUUCCCGGGGGAAGAGGAGGAUGUAGACGCUCUCAUACCAAAUGACCAUCCGUCUCCGGGAUAUGGCCUGUCUCUCCCUCAUCCAUUAUCAGCGGAGUUUGCGCGCUUGAGCGCCAAGGGUGGCUUAUCAGCCGCCAAUAUUGAAGGCGAAUGGCGAAAUGCCACCAUAAUCAACAUCCGCGAGCUUCGACUACCAGUUCAAUCCAUCGAGGCCGGUCAAGCGGGCUCUAUCCAAGUGGCUCUCGAUGGAGUUUACGAAGGAAUGCCCGAUACCGAAGGUGAAAUAGUGAAGCGAAACAACUCGACUCCUAAAAUUCGCAAGGGCCAGGUAUUGGCUAUGCCAAGCCGGCAUAUGAUCGACUCUGGCUUGACUCUCCAGGCUUCGACCGGCUUCGUGGCACGCUUUAUGACGUCUGAUAUCAAGUCGCUCACUCUCGGCAGCCUUCUCAACGCAUAUGUAGGCAUGAUACGAGCAGCAGUCCGGGUUUUGAAAGUUACCAAGGUCUUAGAGGAUAAAUCUCCAUUUGGCCUUUCAGAGUUCAAGACCCAAUACGACGAUGACGAUGAUAUUUUCGGCAUGAGCGACCAAAUCGAGAUUGAGAGGACAAGGUCUGAAACAGACGUGGGCAUAUACAAUGCCAAAUACGAUGUUUCAUUAGAGCUGCUGUCGAAUAGAGAAUGGAUUGAACUCGGCGCUCGCGUAGUGCUGCUUGAAGGGGGCAUGAAGGAUAAAUCGAGGGGGCUGGACGGUUAUGUAGGACAAGUUAUGGAGAUCAUUGAAUGAUUAUGUGAUGGGUUGCAUUUACGAGGCGAUUUGUUGAUGUUUUAUUACCUUAUGAGCAGUUGGUUGAAUAUUUGGAUGGCAUGAUUCAAGCGAAGCUAACUGUUUCCAUUUACCACGCUUGUUUUGAUAUAGUAAAAGAAGCAUUAUAGAUUUCAUAACAUUGUUUGACUUUUAGCAUAUCCACAACACCAGAUAGUUGUUAUCAAAGUUUUAUUCGCCCGCUAUUAUGCUCGUACCAACCCAUAGAAUAACGUCCAAGUCAAUAUAUACCCCGCCAACCCUCCCACUAACCCCCCAGACCAGAACUCGUACGAUGAUCUAAAGUACCGGCUCGUAUCAAGCAUGGAAUGACCAGCUUUCAGCGAUGUGGGCGCGACUCGGAUUGUGUAAAAGAGACCGGUUGUGAGGAUGGUGAAGAUGAUGUAGAAUAGGAAGCCGCUGUAGGACUCGAGGCCUAGGAUUCCAGCCGCGGCGCCAAGUAGAGAGGCUGUGAGGUUCUGAAGAUUCGAUAGCACCUGCGAGUUGGGAACACAGAGAGGUUAGCCUCUAGUAAUAUGUCUCGAUAGAACAAAGACUAUCAUAGGUCCAGGGUGGUAGUGGUCUUCGCCUCGGCUCAAGAGAACCCUCCACCUAGUCAGGAAUUCCCACUGGCUAUGGCUCCCUUUUCUAGUAUGAUGCUUUCUUUGACCGCCCCCUGUUGCUACGGUCU